ACGAUAAAUCCCAAACACCCGCAAAGGCAAAGCUGAAGAAAAAGCCAAAUUUGCUCACAUCACACAAGAGAUGAGCAGUCUCCGUAGCUUUAGAUUAGAGGCUGCUCUCCUCUGCUUUCCUAGCGAUUUAUAAACAAGGCGUCUCCGCUCGAUCUCCCCGCUCCAUUCGCCCGAGCACCAAGAAACCAGAAAUCCAUCGUCCAUUGCUCGCAAAUUAACCUUCUUCUUCUUCCCCCUUCCGUCCAUAUGCAACGCCAGGGCGCCGCCUGCGGCAUUGCGGCGUACCACCACUCGGGAGUCUUCCUGCCGCGGCAGGACUACGACGAUCCUCUCGCCGAUGUCUUCGCUUCGCUGUCGGACAUGAUAGCUCCUCCGCCAUACGGCUUCAAUGGCGGCGAAGGCGUCGGCUCGGCGGCUCCGGGCGGCGACGAGAGGAAGAAGAGGCGGCUGGCGUCGAACCGGGAGUCGGCGAGGCGGUCGCGGGUGAGGAAGCAGAGGCGGCUGGACGAGCUGGCGUCCCGGGCGGCGCGGCUCCGGGCCGCCAACCGGAGGCUCCUCGUGGAGCUCAACCGCGUGGCCGCCGAGCACGGCCGCGUGGCCCGGGAGAGCGCCCGGCUCCGGGAGGAGGCGUCCGAGCUAAGGAAGAAGCUCGAUGAGAUGGGAAUGGACUCAAUGGAGGAGACCCAAUCUGCUGCUUCUGCUUCGGCUUCUGCAGGGAGCGCAGAGGCAGAGCACCUGCAGGAGUAAUUAGCUUAACUAGGAACCGGAAAGAUCGAUGCACCGUGUGACUCAUGGCUUCUGUUGAUAAUUGAUGCUGUAUACUACUGAUGAUGAUAUGGCGAAUGUUAUUGCUCACAACUUCUUA